CGCGCGCUCAGGUGAUGCAACAGCCUCCAGAACCCACGCGAAGCACGCCGCGAUGUCUGUGAAUGUUUGCAGCUGUAGGAGAAUCUCACAUGAAGCUCAGCGGAGCUGGAGAAAGUGCGCGCGCAUCUGAGGAAUCCGCGCGCGUCCUCGAGCAUCAUUCCUGAAUCCCGCUCACCUGCAGACUGAAGACGUUCCCACAGACACACACGUGUGUGAGACACGAAGAGCGCGCGCGGACAGAUUGAGUUUCUUAUGUGGAUUCUGGAGGAAGAGUUUCCACAGAGCUUCUCUGUGUUUAUUUGCAUUGAUUAACACACUGGAGAGAAAUAAAACACAUUUCACUGGACAUCUCUUCCUCAUCUGAGGCGGGACGGCGUAUCACGAGACCUGCACGCGCAUCUCCCCGCGCGUUCAUCUUUAAUGACAGAAAUCACGACGGGUCCAGAGCCAUGACAUCAGAGGGUCCCGCUGCAGUGGGGGCGGAGCCACACGUGGACCUGUCUGCCUCUCCCGGCUGGUAUCAGCCUGUUGAGCAGGAAGAGGCGGGGCCAAGAGAGCGGAGAGAGGAAGUGGGCGAUGACGUCAGCAGUGAGUUAAGCGAUGUGGUUGUUCUGUACCCGGAGAUAGCUCCCAUCGUCUUCUUCUGUCUCAAGCAGAGCACCUGCCCGCGCAGCUGGUGUAUUCGACUGGUGUCCAGCCCGUGGUUCGAGCGGGUCAGUAUGCUGGUGAUUCUGUUAAACUGCGUGACGUUGGGAAUGUUUCAACCCUGCGAGAACAUGGACUGCUCAUCUGAACGCUGUCAGAUUCUACAGGUGUUUGACGCCUUCAUCUACGUCUUCUUUGCUCUGGAGAUGGUGGUGAAGAUGCUGGCUCUGGGAAUCUUCGGCCGGUGCUGUUAUCUGGGCGACACAUGGAACAGACUGGACUUCUUCAUUGUCAUGGCAGGGGUGGUGGAGUAUUCACUGGAUCUUCAGAACAUCAAUCUGACAGCCAUCAGGACCGUGAGAGUCUUGAGACCUCUGAAGGCCAUUAACAGAGUUCCCAGUAUGCGUAUUUUAGUGAAUCUGUUGUUGGACACACUGCCGAUGUUGGGGAACGUGCUGCUCUUGUGUUUCUUUGUCUUCUUCAUCUUCGGGAUCAUUGGUGUACAGCUGUGGGCGGGGCUUCUGCGGAACCGCUGUUACCCGGAGGAAAACUUCACACUGUCGACGGGCGUGUCACUUCCUGCUCAGUACUACUCACUGGAUGAGGAAGACGAGAGGCCCUUCAUCUGUUCUCUGUCGCAGGAUAAUGGCAUCAUGUCGUGCGGUGACGUGCCGGCUCGUCGUGUGGCCGGACAUCAGUGUUGUCUGGAUGUAGAUGAUGUUGUUCAUCAUCAGACGCUGGGCCUGACCACUGAACCCUUCCUGAACACCAGCGCUCUCAUUCCUGGACUCUGUGUCAACUGGAAUCAAUAUUACACACGCUGCAGCACGGGUCACAAAAACCCACACAAAGGAGCUAUCAACUUUGACAACAUCGGAUACGCCUGGAUCGUCAUAUUUCAGGUCAUAACUCUGGAGGGUUGGGUGGAAAUCAUGUAUUAUGUCAUGGACGCACAUUCCUUCUACAACUUCAUUUAUUUUAUUCUGCUUAUUAUAAUUGGCUCUUUCUUCAUGAUAAACUUGUGUUUGGUCGUCAUAGCAACACAGUUUUCGGAGACCAAACAGCGUGAGCAUCAGUUGAUGCAGGAGCAGCGUGCCGCGUGUCUGUCCUCCAGCACUCUGGCUGAACCCGGCGACUGUUACGAGGAAAUCUUUCAGCUCGUCCAUCACGUCCUGCGCAAGAGCCGCCGGCGCAUCGCCACGUUCUGUACAGCUCUCUGUCACACACCACCGCAGAGAACAUCAGCUCACCGCAAACACCACAUCAACGGAGGACAGAUCCUCCAGCACGAUAGAGUGACACCUGCUGCCUCAGCAGCCAAUCAGCAGCCAGAGGAGGGAGGGGCUGAUGAGAGUGUGGAGGGGGCGUGUCAGGGGCGGGGUCUUGAGCUGUGGAUGGAGAUGAGAGUGAAACUGUGGGCGAUCGUGGAGAGUAAAUACUUCAACAGAGGCAUCAUGAUCGCCAUCCUCAUCAACACAAUCAGCAUGGGCAUAGAACACCACCAGCAGCCAGAAGAGCUGACUAAUGUUCUGGAGAUCUGUAACAUCGUGUUCACCAGUAUGUUUGCUCUGGAGAUGAUGUUGAAGCUCACGGCGUUCGGCUGUUUUCAUUACCUGCGUAAUCCCUACAACAGUUUUGAUGGAAUCAUUGUGAUCAUCAGUGUGUGUGAGAUCAUGGGGCAGUCUGACGGCGGUCUGUCAGUGCUCAGGACGUUCCGGUUGUUGCGUGUUCUGAAGCUGGUUCGGUUUAUGCCGGCGUUACGCAGACAGCUGGUGGUUCUGAUGAAGACUAUGGACAAUGUGGCCACGUUCUGCAUGCUGCUGAUGCUCUUCAUCUUCAUCUUCAGUAUUCUGGGGAUGCAUAUCUUUGGCUGUAAGUUCAGUCUUAAAACAGACACUGGAGACACAGUACCAGACCGGAAGAACUUUGAUUCUCUGCUGUGGGCGAUCGUCACUGUGUUUCAGAUUCUGACGCAGGAGGACUGGAAUGGAGUGUUGUAUAAUGGGAUGGCCUCCACGUCUCCUCUGGUUGCUCUGUAUUUUGUGGCUCUCAUGACGUUUGGGAAUUACGUUCUGUUCAAUCUGCUGGUGGCCAUACUGGUGGAGGGCUUUCAGGCUGAGGGAGAUGCCAAUCACUCAUACACAGAUGAUGACCGCUCGUCCUCUGAUGGCAGCGAGAAACAGAAAGAUUCGCUCACAUUCUCUGAUCCUAAACUCUCCUCUCUCACAGCUAAUGGUCAUCUUGAGUUGACACCACUGGCUGAAGGAAAGAGCCGGACGAGUUUUUCUGAGGAGAAUCACAGGAGUCGACCCAUUAGUCUGUGCAGGAGAUCUUCAUCUCUGCGUCACAGCCGCAGUUUUCAUUAUCACCACUGGGGGCGUCCUCCUCCUCAGCCGUCCUGGAGUCGGCGGUGCAGUUGGAACAGCGCGGGUCGGUCUGCUCGAGGUCUGAGGUCAGCGGGAGGGAUCGGGGGCAGUUUAAGGGUUUGUGGUGUUCACUCACAUCCCACCGAACACGAGACGCUUCUGCCUCAUCCUCCGUUCCUGUCACGGCGAAACCGCCGGGCUCUCUCGCUGGAGCUCCCUGAACCCCUGCAGCGCCCCCCUCUGCUCAGGAAGAAGAGCGUCUCAGCGGAGCAUCACGACUGUAACGGGAAGGGCCCGGGACCUCAGGGACCGCUGCUCGGAGACGUUUAUCCUCAGCUCAAUGUCCGUAAAGACAAGAGUGACCUGGAUGAAGACACAGAAUAUAGUCUGUUUUCUCGUGUGCAGAAGAUGAUGGAGGUGUAUCGUCCAGACUGGUGUGAGACCAGAGAUGAUUGGUCCAUUUACUUAUUUUCCCCUCAGAACAAGUUUCGGCUGCUGUGUCAGAUGAUUAUUGCUCAUAAGCUGUUUGAUUAUGUGGUUCUUUCUUUCAUCUUCCUCAACUGCAUCACUGUAGCACUAGAGAGACCCAGAAUCCAUCAGGGCAGCCUGGAGCGAGUCUUCCUCACCAUCUCCAACUAUGUUUUUACCGCAAUCUUUGUGGCCGAGAUGACAGUGAAGGUGGUGUCUAAGGGUUUGUAUCUGGGCGAGCGAGCAUAUCUGCGCAGCAGCUGGAACAUUCUGGACGGUUUUCUUGUCUUUGUGUCUUUGAUUGACAUUGUGGUGUCAAUGACGGGCGGAGCAAAGAUUCUGGGCGUGCUGCGGGUUCUCAGACUGUUGAGGACAUUGCGCCCUCUCAGGGUGAUCAGUCGAGCUCCAGGACUCAAGCUGGUGGUGGAAACACUCAUCACAUCCCUGAAGCCCAUCGGGAACAUUGUUCUCAUCUGCUGUGCCUUCUUCAUCAUCUUUGGCAUUCUGGGAGUUCAGCUCUUCAAAGGAAAGUUUUAUUACUGUGUUGGUUUGGAUGUGAAAAACAUCACGAAUAAGUCCGACUGUCUCUCUGCUAACUACAGAUGGGUUCAUCACAAGUACAACUUUGACAACCUGGGUCAGGCUCUGAUGUCACUGUUUGUGUUGGCAUCUAAAGAUGGAUGGGUAAAUAUCAUGUAUCACGGCCUGGAUGCUGUCGGGAUCGACCAGCAGCCCGUGACCAAUCACAACCCCUGGAUGCUGCUGUACUUCAUCUCUUUCCUCCUCAUCGUCAGUUUCUUUGUGUUGAACAUGUUUGUGGGUGUGGUGGUGGAGAACUUUCACAAGUGCCGUCAGCAUCAGGAGGUGGAGGAGGCCAGACGCAGAGAGGAGAAACGACUUAAGAGGAUGGAGAAGAGGAGACGCAACAAUAAUCACCACCGUCCGAUCGCACGAAACUCAUCCACACACAGUCUGCACAAAGUCAAUGAAUGUGUGUGUGUCAUGAGUUGUGUUGUGUGUGUUUGUCUUCAGGUGGGGAAUCUGGGUUUACUCUUCGUUCUCUUGUUCUUCAUCUACGCAGCGCUCGGGGUCGAGCUGUUUGGAGAGCUGGUGUGUAACGUGGAUUAUCCGUGUGAAGGGAUGAGUCGUCACGCCACCUUUGAGAACUUUGGCAUGGCGUUCCUCACGCUCUUUCAGGUGUCUACGGGAGAUAACUGGAAUGGUAUAAUGAAGGACACGUUACGUGAAUGUCCGGCGGGUGACAGCGACUCGUGUAACUCCAGUCUUCAGAUCAUCUCGCCCAUGUACUUCGUGAGUUUCGUGCUGACGGCUCAGUUUGUUCUCAUUAAUGUGGUGGUGGCCGUGCUGAUGAAACAUCUGGACGACUCAAAUAAAGAAGCUCAGGAAGAUGCUGAGAUGGAGCUGGAGCUGGCUCAGGGCGCUCUGUGCUGUAUGGGACGUGCGGACCGCAUCACCGCCGCCGACGGAGGAGAGAAAGCGGAAGGUGGACGCAAACACACCGCCACCAUCCACACACAUGUGAACCAGAGCGACGACCCACAGGAAACGCAUCAUCAGAGGAAACUCUACUCACCCGCACAGGAGAGUCAGUGGUUGGAGAGCGUGUCUCUGCUCAUGAAGGAUUCUCUGGAUGGAGAAUUACAGAUGAUUGAUAAUCUAUCAGGAUCUGUGUUCCAUCAUUACUGCUCUCCACCAAUCAGACGAGACCUCAGGAGCCAAUCAGGACAGAUUCAUUUGGCAGAGGUUGAACAAACAUCUCUGAUGUCAGAGCAGAUGGCCGAUGACGAUGAUGAUGACAUCAUCAGUCUGAGUGAUCACCUCACACACUCUCCGGGUGAUGAGAGGAGCAGUGAGUCUCACAGCACUCAAGAGGUCGUGAGCAGCAGAUUUUGUCUGAUGAGUGAGACAGUGUUCAGCCGUGAGAGAGACAGGCAGAAUCAGGAUCAUCACAGAGAUGGAGAUGGCCGAGCAUCUUCAGCGGUCUUUCAUCUCCCGGCCGAGUUCUUCCACCCCACCACAGCUGCCAUUCCUCAGGGAAGCCCCGCCUCCGGGCCGGCACAGGUGGGCUCCAGACACGCCUCUCCAGCGUCGUGGGCUUCUCUCAGGUCUCCAGGUGCCAACAGUCGGAUGAUGAGUCCACAGCACUCGAUCAACGCUAACUCUGACAGUUCUGGGAGUCUACAGACUAUGCUGGAGGAGUGCGUCCCCCCGUCAGGAGACCAGACGAUCCCCUUGAUGUGCCCCGCGCCCCCUCCAGAGCUCACACAGAGCAGACGUGAUGACAGCACAAACCUGAACCGGACCCGACCGCACGCUGCCGAUCCGUCUGAUGAGACUGGAGGACCCGAUCGAGUGUUUGAUAGUGAACAUCACUCAGAUGCUUUGAGUAGUUUCUCUUUGACCUCUUUAUUCCCUCAUGACUCGCUGGCGUCCCCGCUGGCCAAGAAGUGCUACAGCACUGGAAGUUUAACACUUGUGAGGAAUAAAGACCGCAGGCGGGUUUAUAGAGCGGAUCAACAGAACGCGGAGUACUGGACUGAAGCGUCAGGUGAGGAGAGAGAGACUCAGUCUGCUGCUGCUGUGAAGACCUGCGCUAGAUGUCCGUUAUCGUAAAAACAGAUGAAACAGAACGCUCGUGGGGUGAUGCUGAAUGCGUGUUUCUGUUGAGCGUGUGCUGUUGUCUCGAGCAAAGUUUACACUUUAAGAUUCAGUCACGUUUUGACUUCCCUCUUGAAAAUAAACUAGGGUUUAAGUGAUAUUACCAGGCUUUCAUUUGUGUUACCAUAGUUUACUACAUAGUUUACUAGUAUCAGGGUUAAUAACUGUAGUAAAGACAUGGUUGGUAAAAAAAUGUAUAUCUGUGUGGAAGUCUAAUGUGUGCGAAAGGUGAUGAACCUCAUGGCAUCAUGAAUAAAAAACUAUUUGCAGAAUCUCCAGUGGCUCCUCGCUGCAGAACGCCAGAUCCAGGGGGCGAGGUUGGAUCCAGAUCCAGUCUCCUCCCAUUGCAUUGUGAUUGGUCGACACUGAAUCCAGUCUCCAAUUGCAUUGUGAUUGAUCGACACUGGACCCAGUCUCCUCCCAUUGCAUUGUGAUUGAUCGACACUGGACCCAGUCUCCUCCCAUUGCAUUGUGAUUGGUCGAAACUGGACCCAGUCUCCUCCCACUGCGUCUUGAUUGAUCGAUUAGUGGACACCUCAUACUCGUGUUGUUGCCCUGCAUUAAGUCAUUACUAAAGUUAAUAAUUUGACAGAAAAACAAACUUGCUGAAGACAAACUUUAUUAACGUGUUUUUAAUGACAUAUUUUAUUAGGUUUAGGGUAAGGGUUUGUGUUAACAUAUUUAACUGUGAUCAUUACUUACAGGCGUACACUAAGUUAUGAUUACAUUGAUAAGAGCAAACGUUGGCAACCAUGGGUUGCAACUUUGCAACUAAGUAUAUAAAGUGGGAGGUGUCGGACCUGGAUCCAACCAUGCAUGGAUGUCGUGUUCUGCAGUGAGGACCGUCUCAGAAACUCAGGUCAGAGAAAGAUGUUUUACUGAUAAUUCUUUAAAAUCAGCCGCAAGUUCAAAUCAACCAAAAUCCAAGCUAAAGUCACACAUGGAUGUGUUUCAGUGUUGAAGUGAAUGACGUGAGCUGUAGUUUCAGAUAAUAAUGCAUGAGAGAUAAAGUGUAAAGAUGACGGACGUCUUUACAUAAACGUGUAAUUUAAUUCUACUUUUUUACGUGACGUCUUCCUCUGUCUUCCACUUUGUAUUUUGUACAAGUGUCUCUGUCUGAGGUUUAUAUCACGUGUGCGAUUUCUCUUGAAGAACCUCAGAACCCUGGAAGCCAGUUCUCUUCUGUCUCAGUGCGGCUUCAGGGUUUUACUUCAGUUUAUUACACAACGAGAGUGUAGUGGACAUGAACAUGAACUCUCUCUUCAGAUGACGCUGAGUGAAUCAACAUUAAUCAUGUAGCUGAAUGAUAACACGUGUGUUUGUAUAAAUGCAGGAGACUCUCUCACCAUCACACGCCGAGCGUCUCUCUCUGUGAGAAGAUGCUGAAAUGAUUUUGUUUCUCAUUUGCACAGCUGAUUUGUUCUUGAAGGACUCUUAGAGGUUUUCAGAGCACAGAAUUUGCAUGAUUGGAGUUAAAGUGACUUGAUGUGUCCUUAAUGUCGUCAAUCCUGGUGUUAGAUUAAAUCUCACAUCACUUCUGACGGAUGUAGCCAAUAAAUCACACAUUUAUUUUCAA